AUGGCGGCCGGGCAAGGCGGAGGCACCACGGGCGGAGGCGGAGGAGCGGGGGGCUCCGGGCCCAGCUCGGGCCCCGCCGGCCCUCCGCCUUCGUCCCCGCUGUCCCUGCCGCCCCUUCCUCCGCCACCCCCUCCGCUGCCUCUCCCGCCGCCUCCGCCGCCGCCCUGCUCGGAGUUGGGCCUGCCGGGCUCGGGGUUCUUCGGGCUGCCGGCGCACCUCACGCUCUCGUACCCGGGCACCGGGCCGGCCUGGGCGGCGGGCGGCGGAGGCGCUUCGUCCGGCGGCGGCGGCGGCGGCGGCGGCGCCUCGUCGUCCGCGUCGUCUUCGUCGUCGUCCUCCCCGGCGCCUCCCUCGGGCCGCAGCCUGGAAAAGGCCCUGGAGGAAGCCGGCAGCUCCGGCAUCCUUUGCCUCAGCGGCAGGAAGCUCCGGGAGUUCCCGCAAGCCUCCGGAGCAGCGCCCGGGGCCGCCGCCUACGACCUCAGCGACACCACCCAGGCCGAUCUCUCCAAGAACAGAUUUACUGAAAUUCCUCCUGAUGUAUGGCAGUUUUCACCACUCGAGACAUUGAACCUCUAUCACAACUGCAUCAAAUCAAUCCCUGAAGCAAUUAAAAAUCUGCAAAUGUUAACAUAUCUCAAUAUCAGUCGAAAUCUUUUAUCAACAUUGCCAAAAUACUUGUUUGAUCUGCCACUUAAAGUUUUGGUUGUCAGCAAUAAUAAACUUGUGUCCAUUCCCGAAGAAAUUGGAAAAUUGAGAGAUAUAAUGGAAUUGGAUAUUAGCUGUAAUGAGAUCCAAGUCCUUCCCCAGCAAAUUGGAAAGCUGCAGUCACUACGAGAAUUAAAUUUAAGAAGAAAUAAUAUUCAUAUACUACCUGAUGAAUUAGGAGACCUUCCCUUGGUCAAGCUGGACUUCUCAUGUAAUAAAAUCACAGAAAUACCUGUGUGUUUCAGGAAGCUACAUCGUUUGCAAGUCAUAAUUUUGGACAAUAAUCCAAUGCAGAUACCACCAGCACAGAUAUGUUUAAAGGGCAAAGUACACAUAUUUAAAUUCCUCAGCAUUCAGGCAUGCCUCAGAAUAGAUAAAAAGCCGGAUUCCUUGGAUCUUCCAUCCUUGGGUAAAAGAAUUCCUUCCCAGCCGCUCACAGACAGUAUGGAAGAUUUUUAUCCAAAUAAAAACCACGGCCCAGACUCUGGCAUUGGCAGCGAUAAUGGGGAUAAAAGGUUAUCCACAACAGAACCAUCCGAUGAUGACACAAUCAGCCUUCACUCUCAGGUAUCAGAAUCAACAAGGGAGCAGACACUCAGAAACGACAAUCAGUUACUAGGAAAUAAACCUGAGCUGCAUAAAGACCCAGAAGUGUGUGAUUACCUUGACCCCAGCUCAGAGGAUGUGGCUUCCUGUGAUCAAGGAGAUGUACAAACUGGGCCAUCGAUCUCAUAUAUUAAGGAACGAGCAAAGCAGACUGAAAAGUCUCAGAAAACAGAAGAAAAUGAAAACUGGGAAGAUGAGAAGAGGGUUCAGAAGGAUCAGGUAUUGGCAGAGGAAGAUGAUGAACUGAAAGAAGUGACUGACCUAAGGAAAAUAGCUGCCCAGCUGCUGCAACAAGAACAGAAGAACAGACUUCUGAAUCACUCCACGUCAGCAAGUACAAGAAACAGACCAAAACAGACCAUGGAAUCAGAAAAAAGCCUUUCAGCAGAUGAAGCAAAUUCUCCAUCAUCCCCAUACAGUUGGCAGUCACUGGAGAAUCAGAAGGACCACCCAGAUGAGCAACACUGGCCGGACAUGCAGCCAGUUAUCUGGCAAAAUGAGGAGAGGAGGCGGAGCAAGCAAAUCAGAAAAGAAUAUUUCAAGUACAAGUCUUCCCGGAAGAGUUCAAGUGGCAAUGAAAAUGAUGAGCAAGACAGUGAUAAUACUAAUGUGUCCCCACAGUCUCCUGUGUCAUCCGAGGAUUAUGAAAGGGCCGAUGGCAAUUCUCAUGGUCCUUUUGGACUGAAGCCCAGAUCAGCUUUUGGCCGCUCUCGCCAGGACUACAGUGCCGUAGACCCCGGAUUCACAAUGAGGAGGAAAAUGGAGCACUUAAGGGAAGAGAGAGAACAAAUAAAGCAGCUGCGCAAUAAUCUAGAGUCGCGAUUGAAGGUCAGUUUGCCAGAUGACAUUGGAGCAGCAUUAAUGGAUGGGGUGGUUCUGUGCCAUUUAGCCAAUCAUAUAAGACCUCGAUCUGUUGCCAGUAUUCAUGUCCCAUCACCAGCUGUGCCUAAACUCAGUAUGGCAAAGUGCCGAAGAAAUGUUGAAAACUUCCUUGAUGCUUGCAAAAAACUAGGUGUCCCACAGGAAAGACUUUGCCUGCCCCAUCACAUUUUGGAAGAAAGGGGCCUUGUGAAAGUUGGAGUUACUGUUCAGGCUCUUCUUGAAAUACCUUCAUCUAAAGCAUCACAGCUUUCCUGCCUGUAACAGGACACUCAGAGAACCAACUUGUUACCAUGAUGUGUGUUGAUGUGGAUUGAUUCCAGUUCAGCUUCUUUCAGAGGAACACCCUAAGCCAUCAGAAGUGAUUGCAGGCCAGAUAUUGUGGACAGCCUUACUUUAAGCAUAUGUGUUAUGUUAAACUGACAGUUUUCCAGUAUGGUAAAGAAUUGUUCUGCUUGCUUGCUUAAUCCAGAGCCAUAAGGGAUUUUGAGAUUAUCAAAUUCUCUUUUUCAAGGUAGUACACAUUCUGAGUUCUCUCAUUAAUAUUUCAUUAUUUCUUUUUCCUAUUUAAUGCUACACUGUGUUAGGCUGUCUCCUAGGUUUGCUGCGCACGUUUUAUAAUGAGCAAGAAACAUAGAGCUUUGGAGAUUUUUAUAUGGCAAAGAGUCCCCAACCCGUUGCUGGUUCUUUGUCAUGUAUGCAUUUUGAAAAAUGUGCAAUGCUGUCUUGCAUAUAUUAUGGUUUUAGUGCGUGCAUUAUGGGGUCACGCUAAAAAAUAUAAUAUGCAUAGCAGCUCUUAAGCACAUUUCCAUUAGAAAGAAGUCUAAAGUUAUUUUAUGUACUUUUUUUUUCAACAACAGCAAAAGAAUCACUGCAGCAUGGUGUGAGAAAUCUGGAUGAUAAAUCAUGUGAUGCAUUUUUUUCAGUUUCCAGAAGAUUGUGUCCCUAAUUUCUUGCACUUCUUACUGUUGUACCAUCUCCCGUAUUUUAGUUGGGCGGAUGAUGAUGAUGAUGAUGAUGAUGAUGUUGAUAUUGAUGAUGCUGAUGGCAGAAUAAGAUACAGUAUAAAGGACAAGUUUUAUGUGGGUUUUUCAGUAUUCUAGGUUGGUGCCAAAAUAUUUUUUUCAGUUGUACUGUAGAUUGUUUACAUGUGAAGUGCCUGUGAUAACUCUUUUACUAGUCUUAAACUUUUUUGCAAUUUCUUUGUGUCUCAAUAGAUGCAAUGUGUAUUUUUGAAUAUUAGGUUUUUGUAAGAUUGGUAACGUAAAGUUUAAAGGACUAACAUCUGAGUGUUGGAUGUUCUUCAGUUUGCACAGUUUGAAUUUAUUAGGUUUGGUUUUCUAAAGAAAAAAAUGUAAAUAUGCUUUUAUUUAUCCUAUUUAAUUUGAUACUUAAUCAUUUUUUCAAUGUAUUGUUGGGCAAUGGACGCCACUUUCUUUAAAUUAUUUUCUUUGUUUGACACUUAACAGUGACAUAUGGCGUGAUUUAAAUGGGAGUCGUACAGAAGCUUAUGAGUUAAGGAUGUUGAGGUAAAACUGCCAAAUAAAUAAAUCUCAGGUUUAUAUUGUGA